CAUUAAGAUCAUGAAUACCCAUGUGGCUUUUAUAAUGGGAGCAAGGAAAUGCAGAGGAGAGUUAUUUAUUGAUGGACGUGGAGGAGAGAAGGUUGGACAUUGCAAAUAGUGCAGAAAGUCAUUUGGAGAGAGACUGAGGAACAUUUGCAAUGGAUAGCACAUCAAAAUCAGACGGUUCUUGCACUGCGCAUUUGGAUGACGGGUAAUAUUUGAAUUUAUAUUAAUUUCUACUAAUUGUAUUUAUAAUUUCUAUACAGGACAUUGACAUUUUUCUAAAAGACUUUCUAAUAGAUAAAUAACAUCCAUCCAUGGGCUAGUCAAGACUAUUCUAGUUGUAGUCAGCAGGUGGGAGUCAGAUAACCAUAACAAGGAUCUUACCUUGCAAUGUUUUUCUAAUUCAAAAUCCAGGCUUCUGUAUGGCUCAGUUCUCUUAUGUGCUGCAAUAACUGCACGUGCCUUCAGUGGAAUGUACAAGACAGAUUAUUAUUUAAGAUGUAUUGAGAGGCGUUUUUGAAAAGAUUGUGUGAAAAUCAAUAAGCAGGACAGAACCUAUAUUGGACAACGUGAAUGAUUUAAGCUGGGCAGAACCUCUUGCACUUUACCUACUGUACAAUGUAUCUUGCUGGAUGCCAGCAUGUUCUCCAGCACUGAAUCAGUGCAUUGCACAUCUUGAAAUACUUGAUUUAAACAAUAACUGGUGGGAGCAGGACUGCAACUUAUCAUGUACUUACAUCUAUUAUUGUGUGAUGCUAAAGGGAAUCUAGCUCAGAAAUAACAGAGAGGUUUAUUCACUAAACUAUGUAUUGCACCAAAUUUAAAUCCAAUUGCUAACAUUGAGUUGUAAAAUAACAUGAUAUGGACAACUUGGAGUUUAAUGAAUAAGUCUGAUAAUGCAAAAUAUCUUGAAAGCUUCUUUGUGCUAAACUUAUUCCGUCAUGGAGAAGAGAAUAAGAGGUGUGCCCAGGCACUCCCUAAUGCAGAGCCAGGUUUUCCCUCCUGCUCCCGCUCCCCUCCCCGCAGGCUGAUAUGAAUUUACAAAUCAGAAUACUGAAAUUCGAAUACAUUUGGUUAUCACUUCAGAAAAUUCAAAUUUUGUGCCUCAAAAAAAAAAAAAAUGUAAUUUGUACUUCACUUUAUAAUUGUUCAAUAAAAGCUCAGUACAGUUAUAAUGUAAUUUGUUUUAAUAAAAAGAAAUGUCUCCAUUGAUAAGUCAAUAAGUAUUUCCUCUUAUUAAAAGAAAAAAACUUCCAGGGGAACCUACCCAAUAAAAUGUGGUGCACAUGCCUACGGAAUAGAGAAAAGGAGAGUGGAAGAGGUGAAAAUGAAAACCGGAGAUUAAGGUGGAAAAACAAAUACCUUUUAUUGUGAUGUACAUCAUGGAAAUUGUGCAGUUGUAUGAAAACAACAGAUCUGUUCAAUGUUGCCUUGCAUUAUGGCUUUUUUUAAUAUAUAUUGAAAGAGCAGUUGAGAAUGUGUAAAGGACUCUUUGAGAGAGGUUGAAUGAGCGGAUAUCCCUUGUAAAAGGCAGAGGAUGACCAUCUCAUGUGAAUACAGUGCAUCUACCUUUAUUUUACCCUGUUUACCGUGAUACAUUAACCUUUCGGCACUCCAGAUUUUGUGGACUACAUCUCCCCUGAUGCUUUGCCAACAUUAUGCUUGUAAGAGCAUUAUGGGAGAUGUAGUCCACAAUAUCUGGAAAGCCAAAGGUUGCCUACACCUGAAGUAGCACAUAGCUUCCCCAGUCUAAUAGACAAAAUUAAUUAUCUUUUUUUUUUUUUUUAAAUCAGCAGCCAGGAAUUUAUUUAGCAAUGUUAUGUUUUCUUUCUGUGUGCACAGCUUUUAUCCCUUUAUUGCAAAGGCAGACAUAUGUCUCCAACAUACAGCCAGACAGCACACAUUGCAAGGGUAACAACGUGCAUUUAGCAAGGGAAAGCAACUAUGAAAAGGAGAUGGAAUUAGAGAUAGCAUGACGAUCCGUAACUUUUCCAUUAGUUCUGACCAAUACUGAAAGGACUACUAGCAGCACCCAGAACACUUCAUCUCAGAGUGCAGUGGCCCAUUAGUUUUAACCCUGUAAUGGAAAACAUUGCAGUGUUAUAGAAACUGCAAUGUUUCCACUGCCGAAUUAUUUAGUGAAUACCUACCUGACAAAAUAGGACGGUUUGCCAUGUCACAUAAUACUACUUUGUCUUAUGUAUUUUCCUGAUACUUGGCAAUCUUCACAAAGCUUAAGGCAAAUUCACCCUUUGCUAGUUCUACAAAGGAAGUGGAGUCUACCUUCGUCAGGUGUAGGACAAAUAUUUCAUGCAAAGUAGUCUCUACUUUGUCUUGUGUUUUAAUGAAAAAUAUAUAAGAACAGAAGAAGAGACUCGGAAAGAGAAAACAACAGGAGAAAGGAAGUAUAUGACAGGCAGCCUCUUUAAGUUCUAGGUGAUGUUCAAUAUUUUAAUCAAUUGCGCAAUAUCCAAAGACUUGGUUGUUCCCUUUUAAAUAUUAGUUUUUAAUGUUUCAGUUUUAGAGUGCAUUCAGGACAUUCAUACUUUAUACUGGUUUGUGGAGAUUUUAGUACUUUUUAAAUAAUCACAUGUAAACGAUCCAAUGCUUGUUCCUUUUUUCCUUUUAGUAAUGCUGGUCCACUACAUGCUUAUGUUUAAACUGUUUAAUAUGUCAUAACAUACUAGCAAUCAUUUCUCUCAUACCCAGACCGGAGCUGACAGAGUUAGAAUGCUGCAUGGUGAAAAUUAUCAAGAUAUUUCAUUCAUAUUCUGGUGUACACUGCAAACUGAGGAAAAAAGAUCUAAAAGAACUGAUAAACUCACAGAUGUCUACAUUUGUCAAGGUAUGAAGUCCCACCUAGUCACGGCCCUCUGACUGUUGUUAUGCUACAACUCUCAUAAUUCACUAUUAAAUGAAACAGAUGGCCAGAGUUGGACACACCUGUGAUUUAUAAAAUGUGUAAAAGGAAACAGCUAGAAAAAUCAAACAUUAGCUGGUCUAACACAGGGAUUUAGGAUGAAGGGGUUAACGAAGAAAGAGAAGAUAUCGGGAUGUAUGGAAAUGUAAUAUGUAAGGGGAAAUGACAGGUGCAAACACUGAUCAGCACAUCCUUCCAAUCUCUUAACCCUAUAGAAUACAUACCCUUUCUCCCUACUAAUAGAUAUAUAUCACACACCAACAUUAUAUACUUUUUUUUUUUUUUACUAUAGGUGUUUUGUUUUCAUCUACACACCUCAUGCCACUAACGUGAAUCCAAAUAUGACCACUGUUAUUCUUAAUAACUCUUUUCUCACUCCAAUUUUGUUCACAUCAAGACCACCAUAAGCACACACCUCAUACUUGAAAACAAAUUAUCAUAAACCAUGGCCUGCUCUGUUGCUGUAACUUAUCUGCUGAGUGCUGGUGGAGAGUUAUAAAAAAUAGCCCUCCUACCCCCACCCAGGGGAGGGCAGCAGCCUUAGGGGGCAAAUCCAGUCAAGUGGCCCAUUGCACCAAAAGGAGAGUAAAAACACCUUUCCCAUGUGAUUGAAAGGUGGAUGGGGGAGGAGACAGUCACCAAAACAGACACGCACACUUGAUGAUUUGGCACACACUAACAAACACACACUCACUGACAAACACACAGGCACACACAUACACACAGACAAACACUGUUACAGGCAUACUGACACACAGACAGACAUACUGGCACACACACAGACAGACAUACUGGCACACACACAGACAGACAUACUGACACACACAGACAUAAUCAUACACACACAUACACCCAAACGUUACACUUUUAAAGCCAGUAGACAGGGAAUGAGUAAGGGGACGGGGCUGAGGAGAGGCAUAAAAAAAUAAAAACUAAUGUGUAUUCCCCCCCCCGAGUCUUACCUUAGGCCAGGGAGGGGUGGGCAGAAGCAGGAGCCCGCAGGAGCAGCAGCCAGCAUACAGCAGUCAGUGGAGUCGGACGGCCUCUCCUGAUGAUGUCAGGAGGAGGGGGUGUGACUUCCUCUGCUCUUCUCCCAGACUCCCCAGCGGUCCUGUGAGAGGAGCAGUGAAAGUCACGCCCCUUCCUCCUGACAUCAUCAGGAGAGGCCGGCCCACUCCACUGGCUGCAGGCUGCAGGGAGACAGGUUGAAAAAUCUGAGUCCCCGGCCAGAGGCAGGGCAACAGCCAGAGGCAGGGAAUUUGGAUUUUUGCUGGAUGCAGCCAGCCUGGGGGCAAUUGCCUCUGUCCCAGCCACCACCUCACAAAAUUAUAAAGUAUCCCAUUCACUAUAUGGCCAAACAAAAAUUAUGUCCAAAUAUCUAUUCCUUAUGUUACUUGCCCUUGAAAAUGAUGUGGAGUCUAACCCUGGUCUACUCCUUUCUGUUUUCAGAUCACACUCCUGGUUUACUACCAGUCAUUCAUGCAUACUCUGUUUCAUAUAGGGACAUUAAGGGAGUCAACUUUAACAAAAUGUUUAAAGUAAUACUAUAGGCACCCAGACCACUUCAGCUCAAUGAAGGUGUCUGGGUGCAGUGUCCCUAUUGCACUUAGUGCUGCAAUGCAGUUCCAGAGAAACUGCAAUGUUUACAUUGCAGCACUAAGUCUGCCUCCAGUGACUUUCUGACAUGCAUCCACUGGAGGCGCUUCCUGGAUGUUAAUGGACUUUUGGUCCGGUAACUUACUCUCAACAUCCUCACACUCUGAAUGAGGACAUCCAGCGUCAGCUAUAUCCCCAUAGGAAAGCAUUGAUUCAAUGGUUACCUAUAGGGAGGCCUAAUAUGCAUACAUUACUCACCACACAUGUGCAUUAGCAUCAGAUAAGUAAAUAAAGGGCUUUUGACCCUUUAUUUACUGCAGCGGUGGAGGAUACUAUAGAGCUAGGUAUACAAUACUGUAUUCCUGGCACUAUGCGCCCCUCCCCGGUAAAUAAAGGGUUAAAAACCCUUUUAUUUAGUUACCUGAUCCCAGCGCUGAUGUCCCUCAACGCUGGGUUGACGCUCUGCCCCCUCCGACGUCCCGUGACAAGUGGGCACUAAUGAAUCAAUGCUUUACUAUGGAGAAAAAUCUGAUGCUGGGUGUCCUCAUGCAGAGCUUUGAGAUACUGCACUUGGAGCUCUAUUCAAUGAGCUAGUAGGGAGUCCUUGAACGAUAUGUCACCUACUGCUUCUAAUACAACCCCUGUUUCCUUAGCAACAGUCAUCCACUGUUAAUUAGGAAAAAAAACUCAUUUAUUCUUGAUUUUAAUUCUAUUCACAGCAAAUCCAAGACACCAAGACACUGGACUUCAUCUUUUCAGAUCUGGAUGCUAACCAUGACUGUGAGAUAGACUUCAGUGAAUUUUCUGCAUUAAUCGCUAUGGUCACCUCGGCUUGUCAUACCUCAUUCCAUGAAGGGUAGUGGGCCUAUAGGAUCAGAAAAUGUGGUUUUAUGAGAGGAUACACAGCAUGUAAUGGCAUGGAAUACCAAUUUAUCGCAAACGAAUGGCCUGAGUACUGCUUGAGAUACAUAUAUGUUGAUAUGGCUUGGCAAAUUGGAGACUUUCAUAUCAAUGCCAAUGAUAUCAGUUGCACUCUGGAUGUACUACAUGAGGCAGACAGUAAUUUGCAUGUGAACAGAAGUGUUAAAGGAUUAAAUGCAAUAUUUACAACCGUAAAAUAUUUAAAUGUAACCAGAAAUAAGGUAGUAAGGUAAUGUUUACAAAAAUCUUUUUUUUUUAAGUUUCUCAAAUGAAUUCUCAAAACCAAAAAUGAUUACAAAGAACUACAAGUAAACAACUCAAUACAAUACUCAAAUUAUUCUCCCCAUGCUGUCCAGAAAAUUAUGUAAGAGUGUUUUCCAUUGAUGUAGAUUCCUUUGUUUUUGUAGAUUUAACUCGCCUCCUGGAAAAAGGAUAUAUCUAAUUAUUUAAUACUGAGUCAGCAAGACAUAGUUUUAGUACUGUUAUGGCUGCUAGUGUUUCUUAACUCAUGGAUAGUUGCCCGAGGGCCCCACAAGCAUAGGAGCCCCAUAAGCUUGCCAACUUUUCAAUAUAUUGUUGUGGAAAUAAGGUCUGCACAUAUUUCCUAGUUAGUGAAAAUGUCUAUUUACUCAUUCCAUGAUAUACAAUAUAAGCUAUGCACACAUGAUUUAAUUAAGAUGGCUGCUAGAAGCUUCUAACCCCUCCUCCCCCUCCCCUUAACACCAACUAACUACCUCGUGCAGCAAGAUGGCGCCGGGAAACCGUGGGAGACCCUCAUGGUCCUGGUGACAUCACCCUCAGUAGGCAGAGCAUUAGGAAGACCACUUAACACCUAACCAAUUAUUGAUGUAUUAUUCCAUGUUAUCUCUGACAAUGCUUAUGAUGUAAUUUUGCUUUAAAAGGGACCUGCCGUCCCCUCUGAAUAAACUUUCCUCAAGUUAUUCAACAACCUGGAACCUGUGUCUGGUGUGAAUUACUUCAGGGAGCGUGCACGCAUUGUUUCAUUGAUUUGGCCAGGGGCAGAUACACAAAGAAAUAAUCAAUACCUUGAUUGAUUUUUCCAUUUCAUAUAUUAUUCCAGGAGAUUUAUUCAGAACCUUCCAACCCUCUUUAUUAAAGGAUCACUAUAGUGUCAGGAAAACAAACCCGUUUUCCUGGCACUAUGCAAUCCUUAGGGUCCUCCCACCCUCAGGGUCCCCCUCCUGCUGGGUUGAAGGGGUUAAAACCCCUUCA